AUGGGUUGCUUGGCGCGAGCCCCAAGGAAGAGCCUCAAUCCAGAUAUAUUCCUUGAACCUGCUUUGGUUGAUGCAACCAUUCCUGGCGUGUGGACCGUGGUGGCCCUCGACUUCCGACCGUCGCCGUGCACCACUUUGGUCCAGGGCAUUUUCGGGUACUUCUCCUCUUUCGCCGUCUUCCUUGAUGCUUCCCAUUGCAAUUGGAUUAUCCAGAACCCCGACCCUCGGAGGUACACCUUGUACCUGAAGGUCUUGAAGCCCUCGGGUCUCUGCGGACCGCCAGCAGAUCGCACCUACCAGUUCGACUCCUUCCUGGAGUCCACGCGGACGUACCUGGGCAUGGAGAGCUUCGAAGACGUGCUGAACCUUUGCGACACCUCCACCCCGCUAUGCCUUCCUCCAGUCCAACAAGCAGUUCUGCAGAUGAAGCGGAGAAACCGGCCAAAGUCCAGGAAAGGUGACUUCUCGGUGGAAUAUCUCGUGGUGGGCAACAGAAGCCCCAGCAAAGCCGCUUGCCAGAUGUUGUGUAAGUGGCUGGAUACUUGCCUGGCCACCAGCAGCAGCUCCCAUCCGUGUGGCAUCAUGCAGACGCCGUGUUCCUGCUUCAGUGGCGAGGUAGGGUCUCCUGCUUGGGCAGAGUUCAUUCCAAAGGGACGGAGCUGCUACAGAGAAGGCCCUCCCCCGGGUACUCAAAACAGAAUGACUUCAAAAACACAAGACAGAGGAGGAGGAGGACUGUGAGGUGGAUGGAAUCCUUGGUCAAUGUGGGGCGAGUGUACCAAGGACUGUGGAGGUGGCCUUCAGACUCGGACCCGAACAUGUCAACCUCUUCCCGAUGAAGGUCUCGUCUGUGAAGGAGUCUUGGAAGAAGGGAGAUUAUGCAACAGGAAAGCUUGCAACCCUAAUAUACACUAUAAUUCCCGGAGUCAGUCUUUACGGUCUACAGACAACCGGAAAAAAGAUGACCUCGAAGACUUCCAGCAAUAUGGAUAUCCUGCGCCUCAGAUCGGUGAUCCAGCGGCGGAAGAGUGGUCCCCCUGGAGCGUCUGCUCGACCACCUGUGGGGAGGGCUGGCAAAGUAGGACCCGGUUCUGUGUGUCGUAUUCGUACAGCACCCAAUGCAGUGGGCCCCUCCGCGAACAACGGCAAUGCAACAAUUCUGCUGUCUGUCCAGUCCACGGCACUUGGGACGAAUGGUCGCCAUGGAGCCUCUGCUCGUCGACCUGCGGACGGGGAUACCGGGAUCGGACCCGGAUAUGCAAGCCCCCCCAGUUCGGAGGGAGCCCCUGUGAAGGUCCUGAGAAGCAAACCAAAUUCUGCAAUAUCGCCCUUUGCCCAGGGUCUUCUGUGGACGGCAACUGGAAUGCCUGGUCCAGCUGGAGCGCCUGUUCCACCUCCUGCUCCAAUGGCACCCAGCAGAGGACACGGGAGUGCAACGGGCCUUCGUACGGAGGGGCGGAGUGCCAGGGGCCCUGGGUCGAAUCCCGAGACUGCUUCCUUCGACAGUGUCCAGUGGAUGGGAAAUGGCAGGUGUGGGGUCCUUGGGGAAGCUGCACUGCCACCUGCGGAGGGGGAGCCCAGAGACGAGACCGCGUGUGCUAUGGCCCAUUCUUCGGAGGAGAACCGUGUCAAGGUCCCAAGGAGGAGUUCAAGCAAUGCAAUGAACGGAGAUGUCCAGAACCUCAAGAAAUCUGUGAUGAAGACAAUUUGGCCUCCGUAGUUUGGAAAGAGACUCCAGCUGGAGACGCAGCGGCUGUCCGAUGUCCCCGUAAUGCCACAGGGUUGAUCCUACGGCGGUGUCUCCUGGAUGAAGAUGGGAUCGCCUAUUGGACGCUUCCAACCUAUGUCAAAUGUGUCUCCAUAGACUACAGGAAUAUCCAGAUGAUGACCAGGGAGCAUCUCUCAAAAGCUCAGAGGGGUCUUGUUGGUGAAGGGGUCUCGGACGUCUUGCAGAACCUGGUGGAGAUCUCUCAGGAUGGAACCAGCUACAGUGGGGAUCUGUUGUCGACUUUUGACGUACUCAGGAACAUGACGGAGAUCUUCCGCAGGGCGUAUUACAAUCCGACUACGAGUGACGUACAGAACUUCGUCCAGGUAAUUAGCAACAUCUUGACCGAAGACAACCGAGACAAAUGGGAAGAAGCUCAGCUGAUGGGGUCCAACAUCAAAGAACUUUUCCGACUUCUGGAGGAUUUCAUUGACGUCGUCGGCUUUCGCAUGAAAGAUUUUCAGGAUUCUUAUCAAGUGACCGACAACUUGGUUGUCAGUAUCCAGAAGCUGCCUGUUAAGGCAGCUAAAGCUCUCACUUUCCCUGUCAAAGGCUGGCGAGGAAUGGUGGAUUGGGCUCGCAGUGCAGAAGACAAGGUCACGUUAUCGAAAAGUAUCUUCUCCACAGGAGUAUCAGAGACAGAUGACUCCUCCGUCUUUGUGGUGGGCACGGUGAUUUAUCGCAACCUGGCUGGCAUCCUGGGCCUUCAGAGGAAUACCACAAUACUCAAUUCCCGCAUCAUCUCCGUGACUGUCAAGCCAGAACCUCAAUCCCUAGUCGCCAUGAUGGAAAUCGAAUUCUCCCACUUGUACAAUGGGACCACAAAUCAAACCUGCAUCAUCUGGGAUGAAGCUGAUGUGUAA